AUGCAGACCACGAGCAGGGUGCUUUUCACUUCGCUGCCACGUGUUAGUCGUUGCCGCAGGGCAUCGAUGGUAUGGCAGUAUUCUUACUCGCUCAGACGACAGAUUGUAAGCUCUGCCUCGGCGCAUGAGGAUAUUUCUCAGGUAUCGGGCUCCCUAGAGACGGCCGUAUCCCUCUCGCGUCGAGACCGCAUACGUAAUGCGAAGCCGUUCUCGGAGUUUUUGACAGACACAUUUCAUCGCCAACAUGAUUACCUGAGAAUAUCUGUUACAGAACGGUGCAAUCUACGGUGUGUAUAUUGCAUGCCCGAGGAAGGCGUUCCCCUGUCUCCUAAUCGGGAGCUUCUGACGACGCCGGAGAUUAUUAUGCUGUCAUCCAUAUUUGUCUCUCAGGGGGUGAACAAAAUUCGUCUCACUGGUGGCGAGCCUACGGUUCGACGUGAUAUACUGUCUCUGAUGCAUCAAAUCGGCGCACUACGGCCUCGUGGCUUGAAGCAGCUAUGCAUAACAACUAAUGGCAUAUCGCUGCAUAGGAAGCUAGACAGUAUGGUAGAGGCGGGCCUUACGGGUGUCAACUUGAGUCUUGACACUCUAGACCCAUGGCAGUUUCAGAUCAUGACUCGAAGAAAAGGCUUCGAUGCAGUACAAAAGAGCAUUGAGAGAAUAUUGGAGAUGAACGAGAUGGGCGCCGGAAUCAAGCUGAAAAUCAACUGUGUGGUAAUGCGCGGGAUUAACGAUUGCGAGGUGCUCCCAUUUGUCGAGCUGACUCGGGAAAAGGAUCUCGAGGUACGGUUCAUUGAGUAUAUGCCAUUCGACGGGAAUAAAUGGAACGAAGGCAAGAUGUUUAGCUAUGCCGAGAUGCUGGAUCUCAUUAGAGGACAGUAUCCCGGUCUAGCCAAAGUCAAAGAUGACAAAAACGACACCAGCAAGACUUGGCAUAUCCCGGGGUUCGUUGGGAGAAUUGGAUUCAUCACGAGCAUGACACACAACUUCUGUGGCACUUGCAACCGGUUGCGUAUCACGGGCGAUGGCAACUUGAAAGUGUGUCUCUUUGGCAAUGCCGAAGUAUCAUUGCGGGACAUAUUGCGCAAGUCAAACCGUGGAGAGCCCAUUGAUGAAGAGGCAUAUGAAGCAAUGAAGCAAAUUGAGAUGGACCGGAAGCAAGGUCGAGUGUGUCCAGACCAGCCUCUGGGUGUGGCACCCAACGAGGCUGAGUUACUGGAUGUCAUUGGCAUAGCAGUCAAAGGGAAGAAGGCCAAGCAUGCUGGUCUUGGGACCCUUGAGCACAUGAAGAAUCGGCCGAUGAUAUUGAUAGAUUUCACAUGCAUACACGGCGUGGCAUUUGGAGGCAAAUUGCUGAGUAGUACAUCUGUAGAUCCUAUUCCAGCAUCACUCCGAGACCAAAUGCCACACAAAAUUCGCCGUCUGAUCAGCGGCACUGGGAUCCUUGGUCGGGCGCCAUAUAGCAUAUACAACCCUAGCUCAGCUGGUUACAGGAUGCUAUCUUCAAGUUCACGGCGCUACAAGGCAUAUGUUGGCGAGGGUCAAGAGAAGAGGAGAGUCCACCUGACGCACGUUUCGGACACUGGCUCGGCUCACAUGGUCUCAAUAUCAGAGAAAGCAGUCACGUCUCGAAUAGCCACGGCAGCAUGUACGGUCCGUUUCUCUAACAAGACGGCGGUAUCACUUAUUCGAGAAAACCAGAUGAAAAAGGGCGAUGUGCUCGGCGUGGCACGCAUUGCCGGCAUCAUGGCAGCCAAGCGAACGGCAGACUUGAUACCGCUAUGCCAUCCGAUCGCAAUAUCCCACGUGACAAUUGAUCUGGAACCUGGGGAAGGGGGAGACACAAUCGAAAUCCGAGCAACAGUGGCAUGCGAUGGGAAAACCGGUGUCGAGAUGGAGGCAAUGACGGCGGCUUCCACAGCGGCCCUAACAGUGUACGAUAUGUGCAAGGCAGUGGACAAGGGCAUGGUGAUUGACGGCGUGCGGGUCGUGUUGAAGGAUGGCGGUAAGAGUGGAAGAUGGGAAAUGGGUUAA